AUGGCAGAACCAGCAUGGCAGGAGCUCCUCCGCCUCCGCCUCGCCGAGCGGAAUGCCAAAGAAACAGCGUUCGCGCCCAUCAUCGAGCAGUAUCGCAGGUUGGCCCAGCAGACGAAGCUGCUCAAGGAGAGAAAUGCGUCGCUGCUCAGAGCCGUCGCGAGCGUCAAGCAGAACCCCAGCAGCUCAACCGUCUUCGUGCCAGGGUCAGGAGAAGAGAACCCCGUUAGCGCCGCGUACAUCAGCUCGCUAGAAUCCCAAAUAUCCUCCCUUCGUGAUGAACUGGCGACGGUGUACAAGACGCAGGGCCAGAAUGCACAACGUCUACUGGCUAUGAACGAGACCUUGCGAGAAAAGGAGGAGCUCUCCCGAUUAGACUCAGAGGCUCUUAGAAAGUCGCGAGACGAGAUCGCAAAUCUACGGCGCAAGGUCGACCAGCACGCAGAGGUCAUGGCCGAGAAGGAUCGGACCGCACAGAUCCUACACGACGAAAUCAGCACGUUGCAACUCGAGCUCGGCCAGAUCGAGGACCGAAACCAGAACCUCACGCGCGACAAUGCGAAGCUCCUCCAGCGCUGGCUCGACGCCAAACAGGCCGAGGUCAACAAGAUGAACGAGGCGAACGAGUUCUACCAGGACAUGCGCACACGACACGAGGCCGUUCUCAAUUGGCGCGACGGCUCCGAGGCGACGUCCAACGCGGGGGAGAACGUGGACACGCGCAGCGUCUCGCGGCGGAGUAGCGUGUCGGGAAACGGGAGCGCGAACGGGGAGGGGCGGGGGGCGGCGGGGAAGGAUGGGAUGAGAUCUCAGCCGGAGAAGGGCGUGAGCUUGACGCCGAAUGGCUAA